ACGGCGCCCAGCUCCCCCGCGCACCUUCCGUCUAUUUUUUCUUACUGCUUUCAUUCUCACACUCUAAAAUAGGUCACGGGGUGGAAGUUACACCUGGUGCAGCCUCCGCCUCGGAUGCAAAAGCAGCUUUUCCUCCCCGGCUCCGGGAGAGCAUUGCAACUAUUCGGUUCGGUGGAGCUUCCCGCCCCCAUUCGGUGCAGGAAGCUCGCCGACCGCGGCUCUAACAAUGGUCUGCAGAGGGGAGCGGCGGGAAGCCUGCUGUCCAGCCUAGUUCAGCCGGCCCUGCGCCUGCCCUCCCUCCGGGACCGGGAGGAGGGGGCGCGACAGGUCGGCUCACUUGCGAGCGCCCGGGACUGGAGUCUGACCGCCUGGGUGAGUUUCUUUUGUCGUCCCUGUCGCCGAGGGUGACCUGUUUACCUGGAAAACUUAGACGUGAUCAAAACAGGCGAGCCUGCCCUGCAGAUGGGGACUGCGGAAUGUGCCUCCGAGGUCCACCGGGCAAAUCAGAGCUCUGAGCUGCAGGGGACGAGCUUGGUGUCUUGAAGGGCCUGUGUCCCCUGCAGAGUGGCUCAUCAUGUGAAGGAAUCUCUACUUGAUGUCACCCUAGUACUUUUCACCUUUCACACUGAGAAGGUUGUGAGCAACAACUGUCACUCUCUGAGGGUGGAAAUUGCCAUGAUUCACAAAGACAAGAAGUAAUUUUCCUGUAAUCACAAGAUGACUCAGGAUGGACCAUGAGGCGGCCCAGCUGGAGAAGCAGCACGUGCACGACGUGUAUGAGAGCACUGCCCGGUACCUCAGCGACCUGCAGGGCAAAGCCUGGCCCCGCGUCCGCCAGUUCCUCCAGGACCAGGAGCCCGGCAGCCUCAUCGCCGACAUAGGUUGUGGGACUGGAAAGUACCUUAAAGUGAAUAGCCAGGUAUAUACCCUGGGCUGUGACUAUUGUGGGCCGUUGGUAGAGAUUGCCCGGAGUAGGGGAUGUGAAGUCAUGGUAUGUGACAACCUUAAUCUCCCCUUUAGGGAUCAGGGCUUCGAUGCCAUCAUCUCCAUAGGAGUUAUACAUCAUUUCUCUACAAAACAAAGAAGAAUCCGAGCAAUAAAGGAAAUGGCCCGUGUCUUGGUUCCCGGAGGCCAGCUGAUGAUUUACGUUUGGGCUAUGGAGCAAAAGAACCGGCACUUUGAGAAGCAAGACGUGCUGGUUCCGUGGAACAGGGCCUUAUGCUCCCGGCUCCUGUCCGAAUCCAGCCAGCCUGGGAGAAAGAAGCAGUGUGGACAUCUAGAGAGAAGCCACCCCUACCACCCUCCUUGCUCUAUGUGUAGCUGCUCUGUUUGUUUUAAGGAGCGACGGGACUCAAAACGGUCCCACAGCGUGGACUAUGAACCUGUCAGGGCCAGGACUUGUUGUGCAAACAUUUCAAAGGAAGCUGGGGAAGAAAAUGGGUUCUAUCACACAUUAGGAAAAUCUUUUCGCUCCUGGUUUUGCUCCAGAUCUUUGGAUGAGUCAAGUCUGAGGAAGCAAAUUGAAAGAGUGAGACCCUUGAAAAACACAGAAGGUUGGGCCACCAGCACUAUAUCCAUCCAGCCUUCCAGACACUCUAGUUUAGACAGGGAUCCCCAAGAGCCAUUUUCAACAAGAGAGCCAAGUUCAGAUGAGGACGUGUUUGUGGAAAGUUCUCAGAAGCAUUUGGAGUGGCUGAGAGCACCAGCCACCGUGAAACAUCUCCGUGGAGACCAUCAAGGAGAAACUGGGAGGAAUGGCGGUGGGGAUUGUCUGGGUAGCACCCAUACUCCUGAGGAGUGUGCGGCUGCGGGUGCCUUAGGAGAAGGGAAGCCUUCUGCUCCUAGAACACUGAGGAGGAUUUCUACGGUUGACUCCACAGAUUCCACCCCAGAUGACACAAUUCCUGUCGAAGGACAACAGCCCGACGUUUUGGAUUCCAGGGCCUUUAUGCGCUACUACCACGUGUUUCGCGAAGGCGAACUCUGUGGCCUGCUGAGAGAAAAUGUGUCAGAGCUCCAUAUCCUGAGCUCUGGGAACGACCAUGGCAACUGGUGCAUCAUUGCCGAGAAAAAGGAGACCUGUGAUUGACUGGCUCAUCUCAGACAGCUCCUCCGGAGAUGCGCCACGCUCCUGUCCCCGGCGUUGGGAUGGCUACCUGACUCUGCAUCCACUUCCACUAUUUUUUAACCCAUGCAUGCUCUAGUCUGUAGAGACUAUGGAAGGUCAUCUUUUGAAUCUUUGCGUAAACACAGAGCUGGGCAUCUGAAGCAUUUGGCGAAGGGUAUUUGUGAUUCAGUGUUGAUGGAAGAGAUCUGAAGAAGCAGCGUGCAGUGAGCUUCAGUACAGUUUGGGGUUUCUUCCCCCUGAAAGAUGAAAUUAUUAUGAGACUACAUGUGUAUAGUUUUUCAGUCUUAUAAACUGAUUUUAAAAGAU